CCACACCAAAGCUCUUUAGGCUACUUUGCGCAUGUACGGCCAGUCAAAGCGAGCAUUGCAUCGACUCCAAGAUGGCGAAAACACGUCUGGCUUGCCUCCUGACUCUCCUCUCAACUCACUGCUACUUCAGCGUGUCAGCCGUGGUCCUGAAAACCAACAACGAAUCACCGUGGACCGAUGAGUUUGACAAAAUUGAGUUAUCGUGUUUGAUCGAGUCCAUCUCUACAACCAACCCCAGGAUUGAAUGGAAGAAGAUAACGAAUGAGGGACCAAGUUAUGUCUACUUUGACAGGAAGAUCUCAGGCGACCUGGAGAACCGAGCGAUGAUCAGAGAACCGGCCACAUUGCUGAUAACCAACGCCACAAGGUUGGACACAGCCAAAUAUCGCUGUGAGGUCACCGCCGCUGACGACCAGAAGUCCUUUGAUGAGAUUGUGAUUAACCUUGUUGUAAGAGUAAAGCCGGUGGUGCCAAAAUGCAGCGUCCCCAAAUCAGUGCCUUUUGGGAAGUCAGCCGAGCUGAGCUGCGUGGAGGACGAGGGCUUCCCCAAGUCUCAGUACCAGUGGUUCAAGAACAGGGAGGAGAUCCCCGACGACCCAAAGACCAGCCUCAAGUUCUUCAACUCCACGUACACGCUCAACGCAGAAGCCGGAACUCUGAACUUCAUCGCAGUCAGAAAAGAAGACGCGGGCGAAUACUUCUGCCGAGCGAAGAACGACGCAGGAUACUCCGAGUGUCCGCCCCAGAAGAUGGAAGUCUAUGAUAUUGACGUUGUGGGGAUCGUACUGGGAGUGCUGGUGGUGGCCGUAGUGCUCUUGUGUAUAACAGCGGGGAUCUGCUGUGCAUACAAGCGAGGCUACUUCUCCAGCCAAAAACAGACGGGGAACAGCUACAAAGUUCCAGCUAAAGGAGACGGAGUGGACUACGUCAGGACGGAGGAUGAGGGGGAUUUCCGACACAAGUCGUCAUUCGUGAUCUGAAAAGAGAGGGGGGUGGGGUGGGGGGAUGAUGAGGGGGCCCUGUGCUGAGUGGAAGACAUGACACGUGGGACUGCGCUCCACGCUGUCUGACCCACGGAGCUGCCACGCCUCAUGCUCGGAGCUCUCAGCACGGGCUGAAAUCCAACUACUCGAGUUUGCCAAAGGUGACAAGAUUUCACAGGACAACUACGUCCAACUACUCCACACGUAGGGACGGCGAUCCGUUUUAUCACCACCAACUGAUUGCUUUUUGCUAAAUUAUGGAGUUCUUACUUUACAGUUAAUUGCAUGGUUUUUAAACCCCACCCGAGGUGGAGGAGAGGAAACAUUUCUUUAGUCUGCCAGGUAGAAAAGGAGGCGUCUCUUUCCUCCAACCUUUCUACUUUUGCUUCGAACCUUUUUGCCAUUUGUAUUUCUUUUCUACUGUUGAAAUUUGUCAGACUAUUUUUGAUGGAAUAUAUUUUAAAAUGCCUAUAGAUAAAGGUUUACUUUUUUAAAUAUUUGUAAAAUACUAACAUGUGUUUUUUUUUUUUUUUUGGUUGUGGAUAAAAAUAUGUAACACUUUAACCACUUUGCGUCGAGCUGCAAGCAUUUACACCUGUGUAAAUCAGAAGAAAGGAAAAGACAAAUGAAAAAUGACUUGCAUCAGAAUCUCAAGAUGAGGUUCUCGAUCGGCGGUCUUACAUAUUUAAUUUCUCCCCCCCCCCACCUCCUUUCUGUUGUAGAGAGACUUCCACGUUCAUGUUUGUAGAUAGUCUUAGUAAGAGGCUUUGAAGAGUGCCAGUCAAAUGCUGUGAAACACUGCGCACAAUCAGUGCUGCAUUUUCUUGAUUUUAAGUGUCCUUCUAUGCUUGCUGUUAAUCUUGUAUAUAUUGAAUUCACUGUCCAGGAUAGAGUUUUGCUGUCAUAUGUACGUUCAGUAUUACACUAUAAUUAUAAUUAUGAUGAUAAUAGUAAUACAGGGUUUGUUAGUUAACCUUCCGGACCCAAAGAAAACUAAGUUUUUACACCAGACAUGGUACUCUGACUCUGAUUUGACUGUGUAAAAGCCUCGAUUUGAAUUCUGAAUGAAACCAAUUGGGUGACCUGAUAGAGAGAUCAAAGAGCUUUCUGUAAAUGUGAGUGACAGACUAUUAUUUUAAAGGGUAAUUUUUUUAUUUUUUUUUCCAACCUGUAACCUUUCUUUUUUUCCAUGUGCUGGUGUCUAAGUAGGGUUGGGUACCGAAACCUGGUUCCACUACGGAACCGGUUCCUACGCAACCAGUAGGAAUCGGACCGGAUUAGAACGCAAAUUUCGGUUCCUCAUUUCGGUUCCGCUUAAUGUGUUGACUGAAAUAUUUUCCCUCAGUCGCUCCGAAACGGUCGUAAAAAUUAUCACCCUUUCUCUGUAGUCUACCGUUAGCUAGCUUCUGUACUUUUAAAAUGCCAUAUUUUCCCUCUGGGCUCACCAAACGGGCGUAAAAGCAUAUGAACCAUUCAUUGCACGUGAUCGCUAGUAAACAGAUUACAUCUUUGAUGUCAUUUUUCAGUUUUUCAAGAAUCGGUUUAGGAAUCGGAAUCGUUUUAAAGGUACCAGUUCGGCAUCGGAAUCGUAAAAAUCCAAACGAUACCCAACCCUAUGUCUAAGUGACUAAUGGGAACAACAAUCUUUGAAAUUGGUCCAGUGUUAAGCAAGAACGCCGUAACCGGCAGCAGCAAACCGGGCUGCACUGUAAACCUAUGGGGGGAGGGGGGGCAAAUGUGCAUUGUCAAUUUCCAUCCACUACAGUGCUGUUUUUGCCGCUGACGGGCUCAGAUUAUUAUUAUUAAGUGUCUGACAACAUUAUGGAAAGGAUAUAGUGGUAGCGAUUCCGGGGCUGUUAAACAAACAGGGGUCUGACUCUUUGACAAAAAGCUCUAUCUCUGUAGGGAUCCUUUCAUAAUGUUGUCAGACACUUAGAAUAAUAAUCUGAGUCUGUCAGCGGCAAAAACAGCACUUAAGUGGCCGUGCAUUGCAGCUUGUUUCGCCGCUGUCUAGUUUAAUACUGGACCAAUUUCAAAGAUUGUGUUCCCAUCACUCACUUGGACUCAAAGACAUUAGGAAAAUAUGGGUUGCCUUUACCCUUUAACUACUGACUCGCCUAUUUUCAGGCUACAAUUACUAAAGGUACCAAGAACACCAGUGACUCUACAGUACACACACACAGACUAUUACAGUCAGGUAAAGCCCAUUGAACACAAUCUUUGGCAUGAAUCCUGGUUGAUAUUUGCUGAUGUCCAAUCGGUUUGCAACCGAUUUUUGCUUAUAUUUGUGCUAAUUAGAGAGUAGACCUCAUCUAACAUUUCUAGCCUUUAGCGGUGACUAGGUACUUGUAAUGAAAGCUCCUCUUAGGUGUGACUGAAACUCCUAUUGUACUCAUUCCUCUCAGCAAAGCUGUAUGAUACAGUGACAUACAGCUGGGGUCUGGAGGGUUAACACUUGUAUUGAUUGUAUAUAGAUAUUUGUAAUUGCUGUGUGUGUCUCUCUCUCUCUCUCUCUGAAGAUUAUGUAAAGUGGUGAAAAAUGUCCAAUUUGAGGCGAUAUGAAACUCUUUCCAUUUGUAAGACUGAGAAAAGGUAACAUUUCAUCACAUCGUGAUUCAUAGCACGUGAGCACGAGCUUCUUGGCGACAGCAUGGCAGAUGCAGUCGUGAUCCGAGCCCCCGGGUCAGUAUUCAGAACAAGCAGCUCCCUGUUUCAAAGUUCCGCUGCGUUUGGCAUCCCCCAGAUAAAAACAAUCGGUGUUCACGUUAACUUCCAUGGAAGCUCGUAUGUCCGGCUGUUUGAUAAUCUGCAAGUGUGGUGAAAUGUUAACUGAACAUCAGUCAUGGUGAGAGACGAUCUGCCCAUCAUUUGCACAUAGGAAGAAGAAACACCGCUCGGGUCUUUUUCCAAGUUGCAUUAAGGAACCAAGAGUACUAAUUAUCCCAGUAGAGUUCACGCUGAAUCCUGUCACGCAGGUCCAAGUCACGCAGCACACAGAUGCACACAGUUCCCCUCCUCGUUUCUACAAACGUCAUUCCUCUUAAGUGCCUUCUGCCUUUACAUUAGUCCGGUUUCUCCGCAGCCAUGCCCUGUUCCACGUCCACUGCUGUGAUACUCGGAGGCGUCGUCCUUUCUGCAUCCAUUUAAACCACAGGCCCCGGCGUUUGAGAGGAAUGAUGUCACCGCAAAUUUCCACGUCCCCUUCUUUACAUACGUAUCUGCAAAUUUGUAAAUAGCUUUGUUUUUCAUAGAUUUGAAGGUGUAGCUAUGUUGAAGUAGAACUAGAAAUAUAUUAGUGCCUAAAUAUAGUGUGAAUUAUUUUUGGUAAAGACGCAUAGCACUAUUAGGCAAAAGAAAAAGAUGGAAGCCCAAAGCAGGGACGUUUAUAUCUGAGCUCUGGUUUAAUAAUGCAUUUAAAAAAAAAAAAUGUGAAAAAAAAAAAACUUGGGCAACCGAGGUACAUUUUUCAUUUAUAACACCGACAGGCGGGGGGGAAUUAGAUUUUAAAACCCACCACUGCUCCGCUGAACACAGCGUUCAAACCCAGAGUUGACUCAGUAUUCAUAAAAGUGCCAUGCAGCUGAAAUGGUGCUCUAACUAUUCAGGCAUUGUGAGCGUUUUAUAAAGCAGAGUUCGUGCAAAGGUUCAGCCACAACAUCAAGCAGGAGUUCAUGUGCAGCAGCUACGGUACGUGUACCACACAGACAGGAAGUCCUCCACACGUCUGUGUGUGAUCUGGUUGGAUGUUGUAAGGCGGCAGUGAUAGAGAUUAUAUUUAGGUGACCGUGAGAGAUGGUUUUCCAGUGCGGGUUCUGUUUUAGGGGGAACGUUAAACCAGGCCAACUCACCGUUGCCUUUCAACUCAAGGAUGGCAGCGCUGUUAGACUGUGCUAGACCGAGGACUGGUUCAACAUGUAAGAACACCAAACUCACAUCCAACAGAAUGUCCAUUUGGGGCCUGCUCGGGUUGUUUUUUGUUCAUUUUAGAACCACCCUAUUUGUGAUUAAUAAAACUCACUUCUAAUAUUACUGGA